AUGCAAAGUCGCCAAAUUGCCUUCAGCGGUGCUGUUAAAAACAUCACCCGGAACAACUCAAAUCUCAUGUUAAAUUGGUGUCGUAAUGUGACACACGGAUACAAGGGUAUUGAUAUCAAGGACUUCGGGGAGAGUUGGAGAGAUGGUUUGGCAUUCAGCGCACUAAUUCAUCGUUUCUAUCCGGAAGCAUUUGACUAUUCCAAGUUGUCAGCAGCCAACCCCAGUGAAAAUCUCCAACUUGCGUUUGAAAAAGCUAAAUUACUGGCCCAUGUGACACCGGUGAUUGACAUAGACUACCUAUUGAAAGCCAAGUCCUUGGACCCGAAGGUCAUAUACACUCAACUAACUUUAUACUACCGUGAACUUCAUCGUAAGCCAAUCCAGCGCAACAGCUAUUCAUCAGUGGGAACUGCUCGCGAAUCACCGGUUGAUGAUCUGGAAUCAGAAGAACAAGAAUGA